AUGGCGAACCAAGCAGCUGUUGCAGCAUCAUUACUUUUAGUCUUGGCUGUCUUCUCCAACUUUGAGCUCUCGGCUUCUUCGCUUGUUCGUGGCAAGGUCUCUUGCCUCGACUGCCACCGUGAUUUCGACUUCUCAGGCAUUAAGAUUCUCCUGAAGUGUGACGGAGAGAAGAAACCUGUGACCUCCAUGGCGGCUUCAGAUGGAUCUUUUCGGUCAUUGAUUCCAACCGCCAACGAAAAAGACUCCAUGAAGUGUCUAGCAAAGCUAUUGGGAGGUCCAGAGCAACUCUAUGCUCACAAACAAAACUUGGUCUCUGAACUGAUCAAGUCCAAACACGAGUCCAAAGUCUUAACUACAUCAAAACAACUUACGUUCUCUCUCUCAUGUCCUAAACCAACCGAAGAUAGCGUCGGAGAUAAGAUCGGAGAUUCGAAGACUGUAGAUUUUCCGGGGACAGGAGGUUUUGGAUUCCCACCUGCUAGCUUCUUCCCUUUCUUACCAAUCAUUGGCAUUCCAUGA